GCACAGUCCUGUGCUAGAGGAGGAGUCCUGGUACGUGGCUGAUGGAGGUGGUGUCGCUGGGCGGACUGAGUGCUGCUGUACUGCAGAAUUCACUGUGGCAACUGUUCCUCUGAGUCACCUUAUCAAUGCCUUUCAUUCACCAAAAAGCUCUACUACUACAGCCAGCUCAGCAUCUGUACAGCCUGUCCAGAGGGACACCUCCCCAGAACAUGAUCCUCAGAAGAGUGAGUCUGCACUGAAUUUAAGAGAUCUGGGAUUGUCUGAUUUGAAAGCUUACCAGUUCAAAGAAUUGGUGAACAGGUUGCUUCCUGGCUACUGUGCAGAAAACAGAGUCUCUUCGCAGUGGCAUACGUCGUACAUCUCUGCUGAGUCCUUCUUCGAAAAUAAGCAUGGCUUCGUGGAUGUUUUCAGUGCUUUACGCUCAUCUUCUUUGUACAGACAGCAUCCGAAUCCCCUCCACAACUUCUAUUCAGAUAUUCGGUGUUGGCCAGUUUACAUACAGUCACGGACCUUCAAGACUUUGCGAUCAAGAGCAAGACGUCUGCAGUCAACAUCUGAACAGUUCACAGAAACAAGAAAUUCCCUUUCUUCAAUUUUGAAGGGCUUUAUCCUGAGAAAGCGAAGAAUUGAUGUUGAAAACUUAGAUACACUAAUGAAAACAAAAAACAUCCCAGAGGCACACCAGGAUGCUUUUAAAACUGGUUUUGCAGAAGGCUUUCUGAAAGCACAGGUAUUCCUGCAAAAAACACUUGAUUCCUUAAGAAGAUCACGUUUGCUUUCUUUCUUCCUCUUUGUUCUUUGUUUUUAUCUUGCCAUAUAUUCGUCAUUUUUACCUGGGAAAGGCUCCUUUUCUGAUGCUGUACGCUUUCGAACAUCGAGUAUCUUUGAUGCCGCAGUUGAUCCAAUCCAGUUGAAAAAUGUCACCUUUGAACAUGUAAAAGGGGUUGAAGAAGCUAAACAGGAAUUGCAAGAAGUUGUGGAAUUCCUGAAAAACCCACAUAAAUUUACUGUACUAGGAGGUAAACUUCCAAAAGGUAUUCUGUUAGUUGGACCACCUGGUACUGGUAAAACUCUUCUUGCACGGGCUGUAGCUGGUGAAGCUGACGUUCCAUUUUAUUACGCGUCUGGAUCUGAGUUUGAUGAGAUGUUUGUUGGUGUAGGAGCUAGUCGCAUCCGAAGCCUAUUCAGGGAAGCAAAAGCAAAUGCACCAUGUGUUAUAUUUAUUGAUGAGUUGGACUCUGUUGGUGGGAAGAGAAUUGAAUCUCCAAUGCAUCCCUAUUCAAGACAGACCAUUAAUCAACUUCUUGCUGAAAUGGAUGGGUUUAAACCUAAUGAAGGUGUUGUUAUUAUUGGUGCAACAAACUUCCCUGAAGCAUUAGACAAUGCUUUAAUUCGUCCUGGUCGCUUCGAUAUGCAAGUUACUGUUCCCAAGCCUGAUGUAAGAGGUCGUACAGAAAUUCUGAAGUGGUACCUUAAUAAAAUAAAGUAUGAUCCAUCUGUUGAUCCAGAAAUAAUUGCACGAGGCACAGUAGGAUUUUCUGGAGCAGAGCUUGAGAAUCUUGUAAACCAAGCAGCCUUAAAGGCAGCUGUUGAUGGAAAAGAUAUGGUAACCAUGAAAGAACUAGAAUUCUCCAAGGACAAAAUUCUAAUGGGACCUGAACGUAGAAGUGUAGAAAUUGAUGAGAAAAACAAAACCAUCACCGCUUACCAUGAAUCUGGACAUGCUAUCAUUGCAUAUUACACUAAGGAUGCAAUGCCGAUCAACAAGGCUACAAUCAUGACACGAGGAACAACACUUGGACAUGUAUCUCUGCUCCCAGAAAAUGACAGAUGGAGUGAAACUAGAUCACAGUUACUUGCACAGAUGGAUGUCUGUAUGGGGGGAAGAGUAGCAGAAGAGCUCAUAUUUGGAAGUGAUCACAUCACAACAGGUGCUUCCAGUGAUUUUGACAAUGCUACUAAAAUUGCAAAACUGAUGGUGACUAGAUUUGGAAUGAGCGAGAAGCUUGGUGUUAUGACCUACACUGAUACGGGCAAAGUUAGCCCUGAAACUCAGUCUGCAAUCGAACAGGAAGUAAGAACACUUCUACGGGACUCAUAUGAGCGAGCAAAGAACAUCCUGAAGACUCAUGCAAAAGAACACAAGAAUUUAGCAGAAGCUUUACUGAAAUACGAGACUUUGGAUGCCAAAGAAAUCCAAAUUGUUCUAGAGGGAAAAAAACUAGAAGUAAGAUGAUAACUUUUGGCAUACAGAACAGAUAAUUUGAAGAAUGUACAUCUAGCAAUGCAGUAGUCUUACGCAGCAUAGCCUUUUUUCCCUUCCUGAUGUGUGUAUGGCAUUAGUGACACUUUAAUAUUAUUCUGUCUCCUGUGAGCUUCUGUUACUCAUUUAUUUGUUGUGUCUCAUCAGAAUAAGACACACAAAAUAAAGCAAGUUCCUCAUCCUCU